GACCUUCCUUCCCCGGGAAUUCAGUGCCUGCGGAGUUUGUCGUUAGAGUUUGAUAAGAAAAAUGUGAUCAGGAGAAAAAAACCAACAACAAGCCGGUUUUUGAGGGGGUGGGGAAGAGGUCCUGUGCUUGAUGUAUAUCUAGUGUACUCCCCCCCCCCCCGCCCCGAUGGGAGAAAUGUCAUUUCAGAUGUUCAGCUGACAUUCUGAAUUGUGCCGUUGUCAGCGUUUAAAAUUGAAAAACGCAGUGGAGAUGAUGACGAGUCUAAUGCUGUCCAGAGCUUAUUGUUAGAGUUUUAGGAGAAGAUAAUGUCUUUCAGAUUCUGCAGUGGUAGGCACAGAAAUUUCUACUUUGGCAGUACUGUCUUAUUUCAGAGGUAAUUCUUAAGCCCAUCAACCCCAUAUGCACAGUGGUAAUGAGUGAACAAAGUGGUUAGUGGGUAUCUUCCAGUGUUAAUGGUGGAGCUUGUUCUUGAUGCUCAUCUCCAAAGAUUACUACUUGGCUAGUCUCAGAUGGAUUGAUUAGGUAACAUUGUUUUAUGUUUCAUAGAGUGUUUUCAGCUGUACAGUCAUAGCCUUUUGGACUAUUUGUAAACUAGAUAUUGCAAAACUGAUUUAGGUAGGGCAUUAGAUUAGGUGUUGUGUUGCAGGUAGUUUAGCUUCUUGGGUUGGAAAUUGCAGAAGGUGUGUAUAGACCUUUGUUUUAGCAUUUAUCAUGAUUUAUGAGAAAUUAGCUGUUCAUGUGUUCUGUGCUGGCAGAAGUUUGGACUCAGUCUUUAUAAAAAUUUGUAUCCUGGAUGUAUGUCGUGGCUGUGUCUAUCACAGUUGCAGACAGAAUAAUCUAUAGAUAAAUAAAUGAAGACAGGAGACUUAGAGGUGGUACCCUUGCUGGCCUGUGUUCAUGUGGCAGUUACAGACCUGGAUGCUGGCAGUAGAUCCUGAACCAAAUCCUGAAAGGCCUUUGCUCUCCCCUUUGUUUCCACUCUAAUUGAGACUGAUCCAGAUUCUAAACUAAACCAACCACAUGAAAUGAAAAACCCAAUGUGCAAGUUUGAAAUGACUUAUCCAAAGUUGAUGGGUAGUGGCCAGGGUUUGGACUGAAACUUAGGUCUCCUUACUCACUUAUUGUAAUUUGCCUCCCACUUACAUCUUGCCCCUCCAGUUAAAGUAUUUGCAGUCUAGUUUUCACCAUUGAGAUUUCAUAUCUACAUAGAGCACUUCCAGAAAAAUAUGUUUGUAUUUCCAUGGUGUUCUUUUGAUUUUUUGUUUGUUUGUUUCUAGUCACAUAGUCUUUUGUUUUCCAAAAAGGUUUUAAGCAGCAAGAAGUACAAUAGAUGGAAAUUCAAAGAUCCAAAUGCCAUCUGUCCCUUUAUGGUUGAGGGCCAUUAAAGUAAAUUUCAAAGUCAUGUUUAUCUAACAUACACACAAGUUCCCAUCCAGUGGUUCACAACUUGAUUCAUGUCUCCACUACUUGAGCCAUUAUCACUGCCUCCCAAGAUGUACAUUAAUAGGAAGCUGGAUUGGGGAGCAGAACCUGGAACUGAACCUGGACCCAGGCACUCGGAUUUGGAAUGCGAUGUUCCAGCUGCCAGCUUCAUUGGUCCAGCAGAGGCCCACCCAGUAGAGUCAUAUUUACAUGGAUCCUUAGGGAUGGCUCAACAGCAGGCCUUGAGGUUCCGAGGCCCGGCUCCCCCACCAAAUGCAGUGAUGCGAGGCCCGCCACCUCUCAUGCGACCUCCUCCGCCUUUCGGUAUGAUGCGAGGCCCUCCUCCACCACCUCGGCCCCCCUUUGGACGACCUCCUUUUGAUCCUAAUAUGCCGCCAAUGCCACCUCCAGGAGGGAUACCUCCUCCUAUGGGCCCUCCACAUCUCCAGAGACCACCUUUUAUGCCUCCACCCAUGGGAACCAUGCCGCCUCCUCCCGGUAUGAUGUUUCCACCAGGAAUGCCUCCUGUGACUGCUCCUGGUACUCCAGCACUGCCUCCUACUGAGGAGAUUUGGGUUGAAAAUAAAACUCCAGAUGGGAAGGUUUAUUAUUAUAAUGCUCGGACGCGUGAAUCUGCAUGGACCAAGCCAGAUGGAGUUAAGGUUAUUCAGCAAUCUGAAUUGACACCUAUGCUUGCAGCCCAGGCGCAGGUUCAGGCCCAGGCCCAGGCCCAGGCCCAGGCCCAGGCUCAGGCUCAGGCUCAGGCCCAGGCCCAGGCCCAGGCCCAGGCCCAGGCACAAGCGCAGGCCCAGGCCCAGGCCCAGGCGCAGGCGCAGGCACAAGCCCAGGCACAGGCACAAGUGCAAGCACAAGCAGUAGGAGCUUCCACCCCUACGACCAGUAGCCCAGCACCUGCAGUAUCCACUUCAACAUCUUCAUCCACCCCAUCCUCUACCACUUCUACCACAACAACUGCCACUUCAGUUGCACAGACAGUAUCAACACCCACAACACAAGAUCAGACCCCAAGUUCUGCUGUUUCAGUUGCCACGCCUACAGUUAGUGUUUCAGCUCCUGCUCCGACAGCCACACCUGUGCAAACUGUUCCCCAGCCGCACCCACAGACGUUACCUCCUGCUGUUCCUCAUUCAGUACCUCAGCCAGCAGCAGCAAUACCUGCUUUUCCACCAGUAAUGGUACCUCCGUUUCGUGUACCCCUUCCUGGCAUGCCAAUUCCACUUCCAGGUGUAGCAAUGAUGCAAAUAGUCAGCUGCCCGUAUGUAAAGACAGUCGCUACCACCAAGACCGGUGUAUUGCCAGGAAUGGCCCCUCCUAUUGUACCCAUGAUACAUCCUCAAGUUGCUAUUGCAGCUUCACCUGCUACCUUAGCUGGAGCAACAGCGGUUUCUGAGUGGACUGAAUAUAAAACAGCAGAUGGGAAAACAUACUAUUAUAAUAACAGAACAUUAGAGUCAACCUGGGAAAAACCUCAAGAACUAAAGGAAAAAGAAAAAUUGGAAGAGAAGAUUAAAGAGCCAAUUAAAGAACCCUCUGAAGAACCUCUGCCCAUGGAGACAGAGGAGGAGGAUCCUAAGGAAGAGCCUAUAAAAGAGAUAAAGGAGGUAAAAGGCCACAAUCUGUUAAACCUGGGAGUCAAGAAUAAUUCUUUGGAGCCCAAAGAAGAGGAGAUGACUGAAGAAGAAAAGGCUGCCCAGAAGGCAAAACCAGUAGCUACUACUCCUAUUCCUGGUACUCCAUGGUGUGUUGUUUGGACGGGUGAUGAGCGUGUCUUCUUUUAUAAUCCCACCACUCGUCUUUCUAUGUGGGACCGACCUGAUGAUCUGAUUGGAAGGGCAGAUGUUGACAAAAUUAUUCAGGAGCCUCCUCAUAAAAAAGGAAUGGAAGACAUGAAGAAAUUAAGACACCCGACCCCAACAAUGCUGUCCAUCCAAAAGUGGCAGUUCUCUAUGAAUGCAAUUAAGGAAGAGCAAGAAUUAAUGGAAGAAAUUAAUGAAGAUGAGCCUGUUAAAGCAAAAAAACGGAAGAGAAUGUCAAAGAAGUCCUUUAUGUGGAUUGCCCGAGCUUCUCUAUUUAGGAGAGAUGAUAAUAAAGACAUUGAUUCAGAGAAAGAAGCUGCCAUGGAAGCUGAAAUUAAAGCUGCCCGAGAAAGGGCCAUUGUCCCUCUGGAGGCCCGAAUGAAGCAGUUCAAGGACAUGCUGCUAGAGAGAGGGGUGUCUGCCUUUUCAACGUGGGAGAAGGAGUUGCAUAAGAUAGUUUUUGAUCCUCGGUACUUACUUCUCAAUCCUAAAGAGAGAAAACAGGUGUUUGAUCAGUAUGUAAAGACCAGGGCAGAAGAAGAACGCAGGGAAAAGAAAAACAAAAUAAUGCAAGCCAAGGAAGAUUUCAAAAAAAUGAUGGAGGAAGCAAAGUUUAAUCCAAGAGCUACUUUUAGUGAAUUUGCAGCCAAACAUGCUAAAGAUUCAAGAUUCAAAGCAAUUGAAAAGAUGAAAGAUAGAGAAGCCUUGUUCAAUGAAUUUGUGGCAGCAGCAAGGAAGAAGGAGAAAGAAGAUUCGAAGACCAGAGGUGAGAAGAUUAAAUCAGAUUUCUUUGAACUGUUGUCUAACCAUCACUUGGACAGUCAGUCUCGAUGGAGCAAAGUCAAAGAUAAAGUGGAAGGGGAUCCGCGGUACAAAGCAGUGGACAGUUCAUCAAUGAGGGAGGACCUUUUCAAACAGUACAUUGAGAAAAUAGCGAAGAACUUAGACUCAGAAAAGGAGAAGGAGCUUGAAAGGCAGGCCCGCAUUGAGGCAAGCCUUCGAGAGCGGGAAAGGGAGGUCCAAAAAGCUCGGUCAGAACAAACCAAGGAAAUCGAUCGGGAGAGAGAGCAACACAAACGAGAAGAAGCUAUCCAGAACUUCAAGGCUCUUCUGUCUGACAUGGUGCGUUCUUCAGAUGUGUCAUGGUCUGAUACUCGGAGGACCCUCCGAAAAGAUCACCGCUGGGAAUCUGGAUCCCUGUUGGAAAGAGAGGAAAAAGAGAAGCUUUUUAAUGAACACAUUGAAGCACUUACCAAAAAGAAGAGAGAGCACUUUAGGCAGCUUCUGGAUGAAACAUCUGCGAUUACCUUAACAUCUACAUGGAAAGAAGUAAAGAAAAUCAUUAAGGAAGAUCCUCGGUGCAUUAAGUUCUCCUCUAGUGACAGGAAAAAGCAGAGAGAGUUUGAAGAAUACAUCAGAGACAAAUACAUCACAGCCAAAGCUGACUUCAGGACGCUUUUGAAAGAGACCAAAUUUAUAACAUAUAGAUCCAAAAAGUUAAUCCAAGAAUCUGAUCAGCACCUGAAAGAUGUAGAAAAAAUUUUACAGAACGACAAACGGUAUCUAGUACUGGACUGUGUUCCGGAAGAGAGGCGGAAACUCAUUGUGGCGUACGUGGAUGACCUAGAUCGCCGGGGUCCUCCCCCGCCUCCCACAGCAUCAGAGCCCACGAGACGAUCAACAAAAUAAUUCUCAGUACUCUGUCCCAGGGUUAUCUAUUAAUUCAAAACGCUUGCAUGAGCCAGUUUUCAGGUUUUUACAUAUAUGUGCAUUAGUCAACCUAUUGCAAAACCAUCUGAUGAACAGGAGAAGCAUUCGUGAACAGUUUCUGAAUAGAACACUUUGGACAUAUUUAUGCUUUUCUUUGUGUGGCAUGACUGACAUACAUACUCAAGUAUAGGCUGUCUCUAGUAAAUCUAAAAUCUCGAAGCUAAAAAUCAUCCUUUUAUGAGGUGUGGAAGUCAGUGACUCGGUAAUGUUCUUUCUAGCAGUGUUACACAUGCAGGACAAAAGCAUUUGUGGUUUGAACUUGCGAGGUGCAAAUACCACAGACUCCAAGAAAACUUGAGUUGAAGUUUGUUUUGUUUUGAUUUUGUUUUUUAAAGCGGGUAAAAGAAAACACUGAAAAUUGAAUUCUUAUCUUCCAGAGGCUAAGAUUAUUAUAAUGGACAUACUUUUACCUUUGUCUCUAAAGAACAAUUUAGUUUUAUGUGUUCACUUAAUGUGCUUUGAUUAUUCCUCUGAAUUAUAGGCCAAGUCUUGUUGUUUAGCCUAAGAGAAGAUUUAUUUAGUAAUUUCUUCUCAGGUAUGGAACCACGGUCAUAACUAACAUGUUGGCCAGAAUAGAACCGCUGGUUAAACAUAUUUUAUUCAUCAUUAAAUGAUCUUUAUCAAUAUUCUGGAUUAGACAACAAAUUACCUUUAUGGACGUUCCCUGUAAAAUAUACUCCUGUUCGAAUGUUAAACUUCUGUUUCUAAAGUUUAAUUUUAAGAUGUUUGAAUGUUCAGUUUACGUAUUUGAACUACAAUAAAACAACCCUUUUUAUAUAUGUGAAUUGUAUAUGAUUAUUGUUACAUAAUUUGUAAACACUUAUUUUUAAACUCUUAAAAACAGAAUCAACACAUGUGAUUUGGUACAAAGAAAACUGAUUUAAAUCUUUUUGUUACAUAGUUGUAAAAAGAUUACAUGUACAUUAUUUGUAGUAUAAAGAGAAGGAAUUUGUAGAGAACCAUUUUAGUCGCAAGUCCCUUAAUACCUAUUUCUUCAUAGAAAGAAGAUGCUGGGUUUUUUUGGUUUUCUUGUUUUUGUCUUUCUGUGAACAUACUGAUAUCUUGUGCCUUUUGUGUGUUCUUUCAACGUGAUAAGUACAUCGCACCGUGAAACCAAACUUGGAUUCCUAACUGCUGUCUAGCUUUACCUCCCUUAAAUUAAACGAAUCUGUUUCAUCACUCAA